AUGAAUUCCAAUGAUCAUCAAUUAUAUCUUUCAUCACCUGAUUCAACAUGUUCAAGAUCAUCAUCAUCAUCAUCAUCAUUAUCAUCAUCGAUAUUAUUAAAUAAAAAACAAUCAACAACAAUUAAAUCUUUUCUUAUAUCGGAUAUAUUAAAACCAAAUUUUGGUCAUCAAAAUGAAAAAUGUAACAUUCCAUUAUCACCACCAACAACAAAUGAUUCAAUAUCAUCAUCAAAUACAAAUUUUAAACCUGGAACAUUACCAGCAUGGAUAUUUUGUACUCGAUAUUCUGAUCGACCAUCGGCAGGUAGACAGAAAAACAACAACAAAAACUCUUUAUCAAUAUACAACACACAUAUUUUAGGUCCACGUGCAAGAAAACCCAAAUCAUGCGAUACAAUCGAUUCCAAACGUCCACGAACUGCUUUUACUAAUAAUCAAUUAACACGUUUAAAAAAUGAAUUUGAACGUAGUAAAUAUUUAACUGGUGAACGUCGACAAAUAUUAGCUAAUGAAUUAGGUUUAAAUGAAUCACAAAUUAAAAUUUGGUAUCAAAAUAAACGAGCAAAAAUAAAGAAAACAUCUGGUGUAAGAAAUACAUUAGCAUUACAAUUAAUGGCACAAGGUUUAUAUAAUCAUACACCAUCGAAUAAUAAAAACAGUUAA